AUGAACGAUAACUUUAUAGAUGAAGAAAAUGAAGGCAAUAUUUAAGAUGACAGAAAAAAACAUUACAACUAAUUAUUAAGUACUUGCUAGAAAGUUUCAAUUGGAUGUUUGUCUAUAAGUGGAUUGGCUAUCUUUAUUUUAUCAUUUUUUAUUCCGUCCAUUGUUGAAAAUGUGAUUAAUGGUAAAGUACCAGAUUAAGUGAUUCUGACAGAGUCAAAUAGUGGAUUAUGGGCAAAGCUACCAGGUGAUUCUUAAGUUGAUUUAAUGAGAGUAUUAACAGUCUAUGAACCAACAAAUUUACUUGACGUCAUUUUUCGUGGGUAAAAACCUUAAUUUAUAGAACAUGAAAAAGUUUACUCACUAAUUCAAGUGCAAGAAUUUACUAAUAGGACAUAUUCAGAAGAUGGUAAUGAAGUAACUUGUAAUAGAUAUGUAACGUUUUAAGAAAAAAAUGCAGAAGAAGGUACAAAAGAAUACUAAGUAUUAAAUCCAGGAUUAUUUGGAAGUUGGUAUUUAGGUACUCAUUUACCAUAACCAAAAUUAACUUGGAUGACUAUAGGAUAAGUUAUGUAUAAUCUGUAGGAAUAAUUAGUGUUAAAUAUUUAUUAUUAAGGGUUUCAUUAUCAAUUUGUAAAAGAUGAAGCAUCAUGUCAUGCAUUAUUGAAAAUGAUAACUGAUGAAUAAAAAAGAAAGGAUAUGUUUUAUGAUAAUUUCAUGGGAUUAGGUAAUCCUGACACUAUGGAAAAUUGGGUUCGUUUAGGUUUGGAAGGACAUGACUUUGGACCUGCAGGUUAAUUACUAAAGGAUUACUUCGAUCUAAAUUAAGAACUUGUAAAUGAUAUUCGUAAAGCAAUAAGUUAACAAAUUAAAGCCAUUAAUGUAUCUGCAAUGGCUAAUAGUUAUAAUUGUAAUCCAUAUGGAUAAGAACCAGAUUAAAAGAAAUAUAAAUAUGAUUGCACUGGUAAAUAUUUUACUGCUUUAUAAUGGUAAUCAAGUGGAAUAUCAGCUAAUCCUCCUCCAGGUUUAGGAAUUUUACCUACAGAUUCUGUUAACUUUACAAAUAAUACAUUACAUGAUUAUAUAGAAAUUGCAUAUUAUUAUAAAGGAGGAGAAUUUGACACAGAUUAUGGAGAAAUUACAUUUGAUUUAGAUUGGGCAUAUUAAUUCUUAAAUAGAAAUUAUGAUUAUCCUAAUGGUGAUUAUCUUAAAGAUCAAAAUAUAUUAUAACAUAAAGGAAAUGUUGAAUUUAUUUAUGAAAUAGGUGCUAAAUUUGAUAAAAGUAAGAAUUUAGAAGACUUAAAACCAUUAUAAGAGAGAUUUUAAAUGAAAUCAUUAGAAUAAGCACAUGUAGUAUAUAGAUGGGUAUAAUAAAUGGGUGUCAAUUUUUCUUAUAGAAGAAAUUUAGGUGGUAAACUUGAACAUGGAGGUAUUGGUUUAUUUGCUAGUGAAUCAAUAUAUUAUCACUUUAGAAAUGUUAGUGAAUAUUUAUUACCUUAUUUAAUAAGUUCAGAAAUGAUAUAUAAAUAGAAAUGGAAAGAUUGUAAAACUAUGUUUAAAUAAAGUAUUGGAAAUAUAGAUGAUAAAUAGGCUGAAUCAAUUUGUAAAAGUAUGGGAUAUUAAUUAAAUAUUAAUCAUUUUAUGACUAUAUAAUAAUUAUGUACAUUUGGAGUUUAUGGAUCUUAAUUGUAAGAAUUUGGAAAGAAUCAUUCAUUAAGUUAAAAUUAAAUUUUUGAGAUUUGUUCAGAUAAAGGUUCUACUGAUCAAUCUUUUUAAAAUGUUAUUCAAAUUGUACAUAAAGAANCUCAUUUACCAUAACCAAAAUUAACUUGGAUGACUAUAGGAUAAGUUAUGUAUAAUCUGUAGGAAUAAUUAGUGUUAAAUAUUUAUUAUUAAGGGUUUCAUUAUCAAUUUGUAAAAGAUGAAGCAUCAUGUCAUGCAUUAUUGAAAAUGAUAACUGAUGAAUAAAAAAGAAAGGAUAUGUUUUAUGAUAAUUUCAUGGGAUUAGGUAAUCCUGACACUAUGGAAAAUUGGGUUCGUUUAGGUUUGGAAGGACAUGACUUUGGACCUGCAGGUUAAUUACUAAAGGAUUACUUCGAUCUAAAUUAAGAACUUGUAAAUGAUAUUCGUAAAGCAAUAAGUUAACAAAUUAAAGCCAUUAAUGUAUCUGCAAUGGCUAAUAGUUAUAAUUGUAAUCCAUAUGGAUAAGAACCAGAUUAAAAGAAAUAUAAAUAUGAUUGCACUGGUAAAUAUUUUACUGCUUUAUAAUGGUAAUCAAGUGGAAUAUCAGCUAAUCCUCCUCCAGGUUUAGGAAUUUUACCUACAGAUUCUGUUAACUUUACAAAUAAUACAUUACAUGAUUAUAUAGAAAUUGCAUAUUAUUAUAAAGGAGGAGAAUUUGACACAGAUUAUGGAGAAAUUACAUUUGAUUUAGAUUGGGCAUAUUAAUUCUUAAAUAGAAAUUAUGAUUAUCCUAAUGGUGAUUAUCUUAAAGAUCAAAAUAUAUUAUAACAUAAAGGAAAUGUUGAAUUUAUUUAUGAAAUAGGUGCUAAAUUUGAUAAAAGUAAGAAUUUAGAAGACUUAAAACCAUUAUAAGAGAGAUUUUAAAUGAAAUCAUUAGAAUAAGCACAUGUAGUAUAUAGAUGGGUAUAAUAAAUGGGUGUCAAUUUUUCUUAUAGAAGAAAUUUAGGUGGUAAACUUGAACAUGGAGGUAUUGGUUUAUUUGCUAGUGAAUCAAUAUAUUAUCACUUUAGAAAUGUUAGUGAAUAUUUAUUACCUUAUUUAAUAAGUUCAGAAAUGAUAUAUAAAUAGAAAUGGAAAGAUUGUAAAACUAUGUUUAAAUAAAGUAUUGGAAAUAUAGAUGAUAAAUAGGCUGAAUCAAUUUGUAAAAGUAUGGGAUAUUAAUUAAAUAUUAAUCAUUUUAUGACUAUAUAAUAAUUAUGUACAUUUGGAGUUUAUGGAUCUUAAUUGUAAGAAUUUGGAAAGAAUCAUUCAUUAAGUUAAAAUUAAAUUUUUGAGAUUUGUUCAGAUAAAGGUUCUACUGAUCAAUCUUUUUAAAAUGUUAUUCAAAUUGUACAUAAAGAAUUAAAGGAUAAAUAUAAAUGUUAAUAUACUCAUUGUUCUAAAUAAGAAUUAGCAAUUAAAUAAUUUGCUAGAUGUGAAAUUACAUUAAAUCCACCUCCAUCUUUAAUUAAAUAAAAGAGUAUUCAUUAUUGGAACAAAAAGUAAUUCCCUCGUCCUUUUGAAUAUGGUUAUUUUAUAACAGAAUUUAAAGAUAUAUUUACUAAAGAACCACCAUAAAUGACAGAUUUCUAAGCUUAAAAAUUAUUACAUUUUAAAGGUAUAUUUAAUCCUUUAGCAGUCACUUCAGCGUUUAUUUAUGAAAAAAAUCAUCCAGAAUUUUAUUUGAAAUUUAUAGAUAUCUAUUAAGUAAGAGAAUAUGAACAUUUAACAUAAUAUUUACGUUUUGCUGCUAUUCAAGGAGUAAUGGGUGGAAUGUCAACUACUAAAACUCCUAAAGAGUUAUUUUUUGGUUAUUCUGAAUCUUUAGGAGAGGAAUUAAAAAAUAGUGAUCCAGCUGGAAAUGGUGACCCAGCUACAAAUUCAUGGGUUAUGUUGGGAGAUCCAAAUAUGACAAUAGCAGAUAGUUAUAAUUAUCCAUAAGUAUUAUACACAGGCAAAGAUAAUUUAACAAUGACAAGAUAUAUUAAGUCUAUGAAUAAAUAUGAUUAUGCAAUUGUAAUAAUAUUUAAUGAUAAAUAUAGUACAAUUAUUCAUAUUUUGAUGGGAAUAAGACAGUUACUAAAUGGGAUAAUCCAUGGAAUGAAAAAGAAUAUAUUACUUCAUCAACUGAUGGUAUUACUUUUAAACCGUAUUUAAAAUAAGAAGAUGUAAUUAGACUCUAUGUUCCUUAGAUAUAUCGAGUGUGUAAUAAUAAAUUAUAAUGAUAUAUUAUAGUGGAAAUGAAGUCUAUUUCUGAUGGUCCAAAAAUAUAUGGGUUAGAUACUAUUCAUUUUGAAUUAGAUUUGGAUAAUCUCAAUAUUAAUCCAAAAUAUAAUAAUUAAUGGAAUGGAACAAUUAAUAUGGAAAAACCAUUCAAUGCUCCAGCUGUUGUAUCAUUGCCUCAUUUCUAUAAAAGUAAUAGUAAUCUUUCUGAUCUCAUAACAAUUAAAAAUAAGGAUGGACAUGUGAUAAAUGCUUCUGAUUAUGAUAAAAUUUAUGCCAAUAUAGAAAAAUACUCUGGUGCUCCAUUACAAGCAGUCAUAUAAUUGAUGAUUUCAAUGAAAAUUUAAAAAGAUGAAUUGUUUAUAAAUGUUAAAGAAGACAUGGUGUUGCCUUUAAUCACACUAUUUAAUUCAGGCAAUUUCACUGAAAAAGGUGUUAAAGCAAAUUUUGGAGAACUAAAAACUGGACUUUCUACAAUUAAUUGGGGAUGGUAUUUAAUAAUGAGUGUUGGAAUAAUUAUGAUUUUGGGUGCAAUUCUUAUUGUAGUGAUAGCAAAAUAUAAAAAAUAGAAAGUAGAUUCAGUCUAUAGUGAACAAUGA